UCUUGGGGGCGGUGAUACACACCGGGCCGGACUCCUCCUCCGCUCCGCGGCGGCGAACAUGAUGCUGUUGGGAAAACUUGCGCAGCCGGUGUGCAGCCUAAGCAAGCUGCCGCCGCCGGGUGCCUGCAGACACUUCUGGGGAUGGCUGAAUGCUGUGUUCAACAAAGUGGACUACGAACGUAUACAAGCCGUUGGCCCCGACAGGGCAGCUUCAGAAUGGCUGUUGCGAUGUGGUGCCCUGGUGCGCUAUCAAGGCUAUCAGAAAUGGCAGCAGGACUACAACGGACUCCCAACGGGGCCCUUGGGGAAAUACAAGAUAGAAGCAAUUAAUGCCACUGACUCUUGCAUCAUGUACAGAGGAUUUGACUAUUUGGAUGGUCUUGAACAUGUUACAGAAAUCAAGCUGCAGAAGUGUAUUUACAUACAGGACGAGUGUCUGCAGAGGCUCAGCGAGACGAAGAAUCUACAGAAGAGUCUCCUCCAGCUGAAGAUAAUUUCCUGUGGGAAUGUCACAGAUAAAGGCAUCAUUGCACUUCACAAGCUGAUGAACCUUGAAUAUUUGUAUCUGAGUGACCUUCCUGGAAUAAGAGAGAAAGAAACCACUGUUCACAUCCUUCAGCAGGCACUGCCAAACCUAGAGCUGGAGCUGGAUUUGGAAUAAACACAAUUGCACGUAAUUGAGAUGUAUUUGAUUUCAUAGUAUUUAUCGUUAUCUUGCUUAAAUUAAGUUGUAGACGCUACUGUAUUUUCAGGUAUGGAAAUAAGCGCAGAUCUCCCAAUCCAGCCUGAAAAGCUGUAUGGAGUCUUUUAAGCAAUUAAGUUUUAUUAAGCUUAAACUAUAUGGUGAAUCAACAACAGAGAAGGUAGGCUUCUGUGCAUAGUCAUUUUUUUCCUGGUUUUAUAGGAAGCUGUUAAUACAUCAAUUAGAAGUGUUCAAAUAUUUUAUUGCACAGAAAUUCUGGUGCAAAAUGACAGUGGGAAGAACGUCAGCGUUGUGAAACAGCAGCGCUGUACGCUUCUAUUGCGUGUAGUUGAUGCUGUGGGAAUGAGAGCUGUUUACUCUCCGAGAAUCUCGCCCAGUCAAUGGGUGCCGAUUUAAUAAAAUAGCUUA